AUGCAAUAUAAAUUAUUAAAUAUUUUUAAAUCAUUUAUUUAUAAUAUUCAAAAUAAGAUAAACAAACUAGUUUUAAAAAAUUUAAUUAAUGUUAAUUAUUUUAUUGUUAUCAAACAUAAAGAACAGUCUUCAAAAAGAUUAAAGAUAAAUAUUAAAAAAAGUUUAUAUAAAAGAAAAAAAGUUUUAUUAAAUAGUAUAAAUAUUAAUAUAAUUGAAAAUAAUACUUCAAAUAGUAUAAAAAACUUAAUAAAUAAUACAAAAAAUCAAAAAUAUAAAAAAAGUAUAAGCAAUAUAAGCAUUAUACAAAAACAUAUUAAAAUAUUAUUUAGAGUUAUUAUAGUAUAA